UUAUUUUACCACGUACUUGUUUGGCGAUUUGGAAUUAAAAGUUUUGCUAUCACCCUGUUAUCACAUUGAUAUUCGUUUAUGCCGUACGAAGUAAAUUUUUUUAAGCUUAUAUUAUGACGUUCUUUUUUAAGUGGUGUCGUAGUUUUUAAGUAGGUCAUAAGUGUAUCGCGAGCUUUUAUCCAACGCUCUGUAGUAGUUUAGAGUACCUAAAUAUUAGAAUUUUCGUGCCAAGAAACAUUUUUACAUAUUGUAAUUAGAAAAUAUUUUUUCGGAAAUAAUCACUCAGCAAAACUAUCAUAAAACGACGACAAGUAAAACUAUUAACCACCAAGUACGGCCAACCCAUUGUCAAUUGAACGUUGAAUUGUUGAAACAACACAGUUAGAUCGACCGAUACCAAUAAGUAGCCUGACGCACUGGCGGACCGGCGAGCCCGCCGUCGCAUCUGUCGCGGAAAUUCCAUGUUAAGCGGAUAAUAAUAGAAGAAAAAAAAGCGCGGCGGGAGGGAUGAAACUGGGAGGACGACGGCUGGCUGCGAUGAUGGUCGAACUGUUGCUGCUGGGCAUCGCCGUUGGGUCCCAACAACGAGGACCGCAUCAUCCCAGGGCGGCCGUGUCCGGCGAAGCGACCGUUGAAAAGCUCGAUCACAAGCACCCGUCGCCCAAGAGCAACACGAAAUUCACAGACGACAAACCGAUAUUGCAUGACGUAAGGCACAUUGAAGAAGACCUAGGGUAUUUUGAUGAACUAGAAGAUAAAACGUACUCGGAAGAAGAAAUUGAAUUUCGUUAUUUCACUGUCCACGACUAUGAUAAGAAUACAAAGCUCGAUGGGCUAGAACUUUUGAUUGCCUUUCAUCAUAAUGCAGAACGUCAAGAGGAUGCACAGCCAAUACCCAUGGAAGAGACUAUAGAUUUGGUGGAUCAAAUACUUGAAGAGGACGACACAGACAAUGAUGGGUUUUUAAGCUACACAGAAUAUAUUAUAGCUAAAAACGGUUAAAAUAUAAGAAAUAACUUAGUAGAAAUUACUUUUGUUAUAAUAUGAUAAAUUAUUGAUAUAAUUGUUGUUUAAUUGUUUGUAAUCGUUCUUCAUUCAUUUGAUGUAAUAUUAGAAGAAGUAAUCAAUAAUCCUCGUUCCCAUAAAUCAUUUACAAGUUGCAAAACCUAAAAAAUAUUUAAAUUUAAAUUUCAUACU